AUGCGGAAAUCUGGAAGGAAGGCAGAGCACGUGAAGUGCCAAUGUCCCGAAUUGAAUUUGAAGAAUGGUCUGUCCUCCACGGCAAUCGACCAGAAGUGGAAGGCAAUGAUGGCUGAUAGCUCCGUGAUGAAGGACCAGGUCGCGUCGAAUGACACAAGCGGCAACUUCACAGGUUACGAGCAGUCUGUGGCAAAAGAAGAUGUGGUGGAGUCGCGGCAGCCGACAGAGCUGGCGCACAACCGUCUCGUGCAGGCGGCUAGGGAUCUUCGGUUGGAGUUAGACAGCGAGUUGGAGAUGGACAUCGGCAUUUUGCCGAGCAGUGGCGGUGGCGGCAGUGGCCUCCUCGCAGUCGCCGGGCCCGCCCCUCCUUCGUUGCCGAGCACUGCAUCAGUCAAAGGCACUGUGGCCGCUGACACAAAGGGUGCCGCCGUGAAGGCCAAAGCCAAGCCGAAAGCCCGAAAUGGCGCUUCCGAGAAACCAGCUUUGGUUGCCAGCAAAAUGCGGAAAGACACAACGAAGGCCUGGAAUCACAUGCAAGCAGCCGUGCAGGAAGCUCAGAGGAUUGGGGACGCAAUGCUGCAAGACUGCAUCCGAGAACAUGGCACGGCGGAUGAUGCAAGAAAGGCAGACCAGUCUUUUGCAACCGUGGAACACAGGGUGAAGUGUUUGCGUUUGCUGAGCAACGAAAGCCGUGCCAAACCGACUGAAGAGUCUGGGCUGAAGAUCUUGGCUGAGCUCCAGCAGGACUCGUACUUCAUGGAGCAAGGGUGGCCGUGGGGAGCUGCUCAAACAAUCGGGCAAAUGUUUUAUGUGAGGCUGACCGCCAUUGAGCUUCAGCGGACAGCAGAAGCUGUGCACCAGAUGGCCGCUGAUCACCGGGAUGCCAUAGACUUGGUGAAGACAGUGGCAGCAGCUGUCAUUGCUGAGGCAACAUCAUGGCGAAACCACGUUUCUGCCCUACGCAAAGCGAGGGAUGCAGAGCAAAAGGAGUUAGAACGAGAUGCAAAACGCAGAAAGAAAAAGGAGGAUGCAAAACUCAAAGCUGAAGAGGCCAAACAAAAAAGAGAAGCAGAAAAAAAAGCCAGGCAGGAGAAGAAGGCAGCUGAAGCUGCAGAGGUGGCCGAUGGCGAUGGCGAUGAUGCAGGGGCCAAGAAGCGCACCCGUGGUCCUACGGCAGGCCGUGCGCGGUCAAGAGGGAUACAGUCGGAAAUCGAGGAGGCUGACCCCGCCCUUUUGCAGUCUUGGGCAGCAAGCUCCACUUGGCCGAAGGAAAACUGUAUGCUGGUUUGCGAUUCCACACCUGAGCUGGCAGGGCACAUCGCCAGGACUGCUGGAAUGGUGCCUGCAGUUGCGCGCUUGAGACGCUCCGCUCUCAAGAAGGUUAUCGAUGUGCGCUCCUUACGUGGGUUUGUAUGUACAAUGUACAGUACAGACUAUAUACACACUCUGUGCUUUUUCUCUUUCCCCCUCUCUCUCUCUCUCUCUCUCUCUCUCUCUCUCUCUCCCUCCCUCUCUCUCCGACUGUGA